GCAUCAUUACAGUAGGUGGCGGUAAUGCAUAAUAACAAAGUAAUGUAGCAUUUAAAUAGACGAGGAAGAAAACGUUCGCAACGUAUUUGGGAAAAUGGCGGGGGCUUUGAAGGAGAAAGAACUUGCCCAACAGCUUUAUGCUGCUUUGCAGGCUGCAUCUUGUCCCUUGGUGGAUGGUCUUUACCUUCAAGAAGCAGACAGCAUGCUGCAGCUUUUCUGUCCCCCUUCCCAGCACCGCACCGAAAUACUGGCAUGGAUCUGCAGCAGUAUCAGUCCAAGCUUUGCCAAUUCCAAGGCCAUGGCAAUGAGAUCCAAAGAACCAGAUGCUUUGAACAAAGAAAUGGCUAUGCUUGGACAGGAGCUAAUGUUGUGUAAAGCAGGCGAUAUGGACCUGAUCAAGGGUGAGACGAACCCUUAUCGGCAACUUCAGUUCUUGGAGCAACUCUUAACUCUGGUCCCAGGCUGCAAGACGUCAUGUGGACACAAGAUGGAUGAAGAGAUGCUGCUGAAUGAACUCUACAGUGCUGAGAAUCUGCCCCACUUGACAGAGAUGCUCAACCCCACAUUUGACCCCUGGCCUGCACACAUGAAGGCUUUACACAAAGGCGCCAAAUUAUAUUCUAAACAGACCCAAAAUGAAGCUACAGAUAUUGCAUCCCUUCUACAGUCGACUCAGUCAGCACUAAUGGAGCUACAGUCAGAGUGUGAAUUCCUCAGCAAUGAGGCGCAGAGUGCUGCCAUCUUCUCCCCAAGCUCCCUGCGUGUGGCAGCAGGCGAUCUUCAACAGCUGAUGGCUACUUUCAGCCAUGUUUAUGAAACGGACUUGAGAUCUUACUGCAGCAGAGAUCAUCCCAGCUUCAGCUCAGACUCCAAUGUCUUUCAGAGAGUACACCAACUACUGCUGGCCUGUAACACGGAAUUGGAAAUGCUGAAUGAACUAUCAGAAGCUUCUGUGUAUAUGAAUGAGGAAGUAAACAAGUUACAAACUGAGCCUCGUUACUGGUGCAGGGGAGAAAAACGUCCACUACCUGAUCAACUGGAAGCACUUAUCAGACGGAGCAAAGAGCUUCUCACACUGCUUCACAUUUAGUGGAAUUGUGUGUGCAGGAGAAUCUGAUGUAUAAUUUAAAUUUCUAAUGUUUAGCAGAACUGCAAGAGACACAGUACAUGUAAGGAGGUUAAUUGUUAUUUAGUGAGACACCUGUGAGACACUUGUUUCUACUGCACCCUUUUCAACAUGCAAUUACAGUAAUGAGCAAAAAAAGUUAUUUCUUUGUAGCUGAGUUAAUUGUAUCUACUUUUGGUGAGCUGAAUAAAAUCAACAUAUGUUAAUACUUAAGAUGGCGGCACAGACACAUGCAGCGGCUUCAUACUCUCUCUUGACCACUUAAUAAAUGUAAAUGUUUUAAAUGUAAAUGUUGUAUUUUAGGAGGAAUGAUAUUCAUAAGGUGCCCAAACUCAGUAUGGAAGUAAAAUUGAAUAUACGUGCUUGAAAGGGUACAUUUACUGCUCCCCCAGGAUGGGUUAAAUGCAGAAGACCAAUUUCGUUUUUCCAUUGUAUAUUAUGAUGACCAAUAAAGGCUUUCUUUCUUUCUUUA